CGCGGGCUUGCGGCGUCCGUGCUGUGAGGGGCCGCAGCGGGACGAGCUGGCCUUGUGCUAGGCACCACAUGCUUGAUGCGCAUGACGCCGCAAGACGCGUCCCGCAGCGGCAGCCGGCGGGCCGGCACGACGACGCGGGCAGCCGCCAGCCGCAGGCUUCAUGCGAGCGAGCGCAUGCAGCCAACUUCGCCCUCUCGGCCUGCCUUCUGCGGCGUGUGCGGCGCCUCUCUGCUGCUCAGCUCGCGCCGAGAAAAGAGCACUCCACUCGACUCCAGGCUGUGCUGCUUGCUCCUGUCGUCUGUCCUCCUCUUCCCUCGUGGUGCGCCCCCCCUCCACGCUCUUCCGCCGCUCGCAUCCACUCCUCUCCGAGCCCCGACCGCGCGCGCGCGCCGCACAACGCCUCGCCGCGCAAUCCUUGCGUGCGGCGCGCAAGGCGCGUCAUCGCCGAGUCGCGGACGCAUGCCUCAACACUGCUCCUGAGCCGGCUUCAUCCCCCGCACGAGCUGCAGCCUGAAGCGGCAAGUCUCGUGUGGCGCAGCGGAGAUCCGCGUCCGGCUGCAGCGCGCAUCGCAGCUGCAGCGCGCACCGCGAGGCGACGCGGCUCUCCUGCCGCUCUGCCCCCCAUCAGCAUGCCGCACGCGGCGCGGCAGGCGGCAGGCGGCAGGCGGGCAGCUCCGCCCUGACGCUGGUGGAGCACGCUCCAACUCCUCUUGCCGUG